AUGAACCCCCCACCGAUAACCGACCCGUCCCUGCACAUUUCGCGCGAGGACCUUUCGUACAUUGCUGCCCAGCAGCGACGUCUUCGUCCAACUCCACCGUCAUCCUCCUCCGCCUCCGCGAGCAGCGGCGGCGGCAGCAACGGCGGAAUCUCGCUGGAUCCGGCCGCGCUUGCGGCGUUGAGCACACAUUUUGAUAACUUGCUGGCAAGUAUAUCGCAACGGGUCGAGAAUUUAUCAGCACAGACCUUGCGUUCCACACAAGCAUCCCAUAGACGGGCAUCUACUGUGGUUGACCGCGCAACGGUCGAGAUUGAGACGCUGCGAGAUAUCCUACGCCAAUGCGACGAGUUGCAGAAUGAGUUUCUCAAGAUCAAGAGGAUCGGAGAGAUUGUGAAAGGUUUCCGUGUUAGGGUGGAUGCACUGGAAAAACGAAUUGGAAAGUAA